UUUACCCACCCACAUCUCUCUCUCUCUCUCUCUUUCUGUGCGAAACGGACCCAUUAAUCUCUCUCUCUCUCUCUCUCGCUCCGCUGCAUCUCCGAUCUGCGUGCCCUAGGACCAGUAGAGAGAGAAAGUCACACAAUCUGUUUCUCUCUCCUCCCCAGAUUGUCGCUUUAGGGCUGCAUCAACGACCGAAUCAUCCAGCGGUUACAUUUUUUUACCAAAGAAGGCGCUGAAUUGUGUUUGUUAAAAAUGAAGAAUAUUGAGCGUCUUGCGAAUAUUGCUCUGGCAGGUAUGACUUUUGCACCACUGAUUGUGAAGGUAGAUCCAAAUUUAAAUGUCAUUUUGACUGCUUGCCUUACGGUUUACGUUGGUUGCUACCGUUCGGUCAAGCCAACUCCACCAUCAGAGACAAUGUCUAAAGAACAUGCCAUGCGCUUUCCCUUGGUGGGGAGUGCAAUGCUGUUGUCUUUGUUCUUGCUCUUUAAGUUUCUAUCAAAAGACUUGGUUAAUACUGUACUGACGUGCUACUUCAUUGUACUUGGAAUCGUCGCUCUUUCGGCAACGUUAUUGCCUGCAAUCAAACGGUUUCUGCCAACGCAUUGGAAUGAAGACGUUAUAGUCUGGCGGUUUCCAUAUUUUCGUUCUUUGGAGGUUGAUUUCACAAGGUCUCAGAUCGUUGCAGCAAUCCCUGGAUCCUUUUUUUGUGCAUGGUAUGCUUUGAAGAAACAUUGGCUAGCUAACAAUAUUUUGGGCCUCGCAUUCAGCAUCCAGGGAAUUGAAAUGCUUUCUCUUGGCUCAUUUAAGACUGGUGCCAUCCUUUUGGCUGGACUUUUUGUAUAUGAUAUUUUCUGGGUCUUCUUUACCCCCGUAAUGGUCAGUGUUGCAAAAUCUUUCGAUGCUCCUAUAAAGCUUUUAUUCCCAACAGCAGAAGCUGCACGCCCAUUUUCAAUGCUUGGACUUGGAGAUAUUGUAAUUCCAGGCAUUUUUGUAGCAUUGGCAUUGCGAUUUGAUGUGUCCAGAGGGAAAGAGAGCCAAUAUUUCAAGAGUGCCUUUCUGGGAUACACAGCCGGUGUGGUCCUUACAAUCGUUGUUAUGAACUGGUUUCAAGCUGCACAGCCUGCACUAUUAUAUAUCGUACCGGCCGUUAUUGGAUUUUUGGGUAUACAUUGCGCAUGGAACGGUGAAGUCAAACCGUUGUUAGAGUUUGAUGAGUCCAAAACUACGUCUGAAGAUGUAGAUGUAGAUGCCAAAUCGAGCAAGAAAGUGGAGUGAGGUGAAACCCCACCGAAGAAAAGUAUUCCGGCUCGAUCAGAAAGUACUCAUUUUUUUUUUUUUUUUUUUUUGAGGAUUCAAAUAUUUUAAAAGUUCGAUCUUGGCUAACUUAUGCUAUUGUAACAGACAACGCAAUACUAAAUUUUGCAAUUGAGCAUUUAAUAACAUUGGGCAAUGUUAGAUUUCCAA